AUGGCUGCACGUGGACUUCACAUUCUGCUGGGCUGUUUGGCCACUGCUGCACUACUCACUCCUCCAGCUGUGGCAGAAGGCGACCAAGACUGCGCUGACGGCUGGACAAAGUUUGACUCCCACUGCUUCAAGUUCUUUGAGGAGCAAAAGACCUGGACCGAGGCCGAGAAAAGCUGCCACUCUCUGAAUGGAAACUUGGCCUCCAUCCACAGCGAGGACGAAAACACUUUUGUUGUGGGGAUGAUCGUAGAGGCGACAGGGCACCUCGCUAGCACCUGGCUGGGUGGGAACGAUGCCGUGCUGGAGGGGACGUGGAUGUGGAGUGAUGGGUCUGCUUGGGACUUCACCGCGUGGGCUGAUUCACAACCGGACAAUGCUGGAGGAAAUGAGCACAACAUGCAUAUAAAUUUUAAUGGACCAUAUUGGAAUGACGCCCCAAACUCCGUGACGCUGCCCUACAUCUGUGCCAAAGAUGUUCCUCACUCGGCUUUACCUGAACCCAAGUCCGUGUCCCUGACUCUGGAGGGUUUUCUCUGCCAGUGCUCCCCCCAGAAGAAGUGA